AUGGCAACAGAAUCAAGGAAAACUGCAGCUAAGAACUUACUAAUAGAUAAAGGACUUCUAGUAGUGGAAAAGGAAGAGCUAAUCUGGGAUCUAGACACUUGCUUGCAGAGAAAAGAUCCCUUCAGACAGGAGCACCGCCAACGACUUUUUAGGAAGUUUUGCUACCAGGAUGCCCCUGAACCCAGAGAAGCCCUGCGCGGCGAGCUCUGCCACCGGUGGCUGCGGCCUGAGACCCACAGCAAGGAGCAGAUCGCCGAGCUGCUGGUGCUGGAGCACUUCCUGGCCGUCCUGCCCGGGAGCUGCAGGCAGCGUGAACAUUACCCAGAGACCAAAGAGGAAGCCAUGAACAUACUGGGCGAUCUGGAGAGAGGCACUGAAGAAGCACGUGUUCCCCAGGUUCCAUCCCAUGAACAAAGAUUUGGACAUGGACACAAAAUAUUCAGGAAAAGACUCACACUUCCUGUCCCAGCAGUCAAUGUCCAGCUUCAGCUAGCGGAGUCCAAAGCCCGCUCUGGCUCUUCAGAGCCCCAGCUCUUCCUGGACUGUGAUAGUAAGAGUGAAAACAGUGGAUCCAUGUUGACUGGAAUUUAUGAAGAAACGGAACUGCAGAGAAUUAAAUGAGCAAGAGUCUCAGGAGCCAUAUCAGAAGAAUCUGCUGAGCCUCGGGACAUCUGUAAAUCUGUAAAGAAACAGCAGGAAAAAGAACCUGAUGAAUCUCAGAGACCAUCAUCUUCCAAAGAUGGAAGUUUUAGUAAAAUCCUUACCCAUAAAAAUAUACUUUCAGUAGUCACAGGUGAAAUAAGAUGACAUGGAUGUGAGAGAACUUUAAAUCUGAACUCAAAUGAACUCACGUACCAAACUUGUAAACAUGGUACUUAUGACCAGAGUUUCAAAUGGAAUUCAGAUUUUGAUAAGCAUGAAAGAAUUUGUCUUGGAGAAAAAAAUGACCACUAUAGAAACUCUUUUCAGAGCCCAAACCUUAGCAAACCUGCAGCAGUUUUCAGUGGAGAGAAAAGGCAUCAGUGUAGUGACUGUGGAAAAGCGUUCAGGCAUAGCUCCUGGCUUGUUAGGCAUCAGAGAGUCCAUACUGGAGAAACCUAUGAAUGUAAUCAAUGUGGGACAGGCUUUGGGGAAAGCUCAGAUUGCAUUAGACAUCAGUGAACUCACGCUGGGGAAAGACCCUUCAGAUGCAAGGAAUGUGGAACGUUUAUCCUGAACUCACAUCUUGUCCAACAUCAGAGAAUUCACACCAGGGAGAAACCCUAUGAUUGUGGUGAAUGUGGGAAAACCUUCCGAGUGGGUGCACACCUUAUUCGACACCUGAGAACCCACACUGGAGAGAAGCCCUGUGAGUGCAGCAUUGGUAGAGCCUUCGGUCAGAGCUCUCACCUGAGUCAACACCAGAGAAUUCACAUUCGCGAAAACUUGCUGGUGUGA